CCUCUGAUUUUUCCCUAACAUCAGAGUACCAUUUUCAGACACCUUGUAUACUUUACUGAAGCUCUGCUUCUUGACUAUCACGUGGAUGCCCACCGUGAUCACGCUCUCCGUGGACUCGCUAUUCAUUGUUAGAACAUGGUAUGAACACAUGGCCGCGUAAGAUCGAUGAUAAUCUGAUUCGCGUUCUUUGUCAGUCCUUUCUUUGGAAGACUUCUCGCAUAGGUUUCAGUAUUGUUUUUCUAUAUGAAAACCGACGUGUUCGAACGGCUUGGAAUAAAUAAUUUGACUAUAGUAUCGCACGUGAAAUGCAUUAACGCUUCUCUACACGCAGACCAGAACAAUGGUUUAUUACAAUGAAUUCCAAGCCAUCGUGCUUGCCGGAGGGAAAGGUUCUCGUAUGACAGAACUUACGGCAGGUCAACCGAAAUGUUUGCUCCCGAUCGCAAACGUUCCCAUGAUCUGGUAUCCUCUGCAAAUUCUCGAGCGUUCCGGUUUCAAGGAAGCGAUCGUGGUGGUUUCCGAAUUAACAAAAUCCGAAGUAUCGGCGGCGUUGGAUAAAUUAGGUUUAAAAAUCAAGUUGGAAAUUGUAGGGAUUCCAGGUGCUGAGGAUCUUGGCACGGCCGAUUCUAUCAGAUUUAUCCAUGAAAAGAUAUAUACAGAUUUCUUGGUGAUAUCUUGCGAUCUAAUUGCAAAUAUUGAUAUAUCAAAAAUCUUGAAUUUAUACAGAAAACAUAAUGCAAGUAUAACAGCUCUCAUGCUGCCUGUCCCAAAAGUGCCGGAUGACUUUGUAACACCGGGCCCAAAGAAUAAACAGAAACCAGAAACAGAUUUAAUUGGUAUCGAUAAUAAUACAGGACGAAUAGUUCUCUUGGCUUCUGCAUCUGAUUUCGAAGAAACAUUCAAUAUUUCACAGAGGCUUCUCAGGAAGCAUACCAGCUUCACUGUUCACUCCAAAUUGAUGGAUGCACAUUUAUAUGUCAUUAAUAAAUGGGUGUUAGACUUUUUGGUAUUUAAUAAAAACUUUACCACGUUGAAGGGUGAACUUUUGCCAUACAUAGUUAGCAAACAGUUAUCUAGGCCCAAGUCUGUAGACGACAGAAAUACUUCUAUGGUACAAGUAGACUUGAAAGAAGAUAUCUUUCGAUUUGCAAUGGAAAAACCUUUAGACAAACUGAUAAGAGAGAUGUCAGCGUUCAAUGACCAUAGCACUGAUUUGGAAGAAGCAUAUUAUGGAGACAUAAUACGAUGUUAUGGUCACAUAUCAAAUGGAAAGUUUGGUCUUAGAGCAAACACUGUACAGAUGUAUCAUUUUGCAAAUGCUAAAAUAUCAGAAUGGUGGAGCAUUGAUGGCAAAAAUACCGGACAACCGCUGCCAAGUAUCUCUAGCACGGCGACUAUACGCAGUACACAGAUGCAGGAAUGUCACGUAGAUGAUAAUUCGACUAUUGAAGAGAAAACGUCGCUUAAACACAGUUAUAUUGGGCCUAACAGUGUUGUGGAAUCUAAGACAAGAGUAUCCCAGAGUGUGAUAAUGGGACAUGUAACUAUCAAGCAAAGAUGUGUUAUUCAUAAUUGUAUAUUGUGUAAUGGUUGCACCAUCGAAGAAGGUACCGAAUUGAAAGAUUGCUUAGUCGGAGCUCAACACAUUGUGACAUCUGGCAGUCAACAUUCUCGCGAAGUGCUCACUGAUGCGGACAGGCUUAUAGAAAUUUAAUUAUAUAUUGUUAAUAAUAAAUGCUUACUUAAUAAAAAA